AUGCGGGAGUGGGAGUGCAGGGCGGACGAGCAGCGCCGGGUCGUGGCAGAGCUGAUGCGCCUCAUCGGGAUGCCGGAGGGUCCGGUCACACUGGCUUCAACACUACUAGAGGAAGAAGCUGGAGCAUAUCUCACCGAUAAGGAAUCGCUGGCGACACCGACAAGAGAAAUCAUGGCAGCAGCAAUCGAAAGCAGCAGCUCUUGA